UGUAGAUACUUUUUUGGCUCAGAAGAACAAGAAAACGAAACACAUGGAAGAAAAAGUAGAAAAGUUCAAAAAGCCAAAUCUUAUUCUUGCACACCUAGGCUUUUCCUCUUUCAGUCUGUCUUCUGUCCCCUUACGUAGGGUGAAUAGUCUCGCGGCCGUCUUUCUGACACACUGUCCGUUACUAUCUUCCCUUGCCGGUGGUUGAGCAUGACCACGACCAAAGACGAAUCAUCAUGGUGAUGAUCUCGCACACGACAAACUAAAACAAGAAAAUCAUGCCAGACGUGGACAGCACCGUUUGGGGUGACGUGAUCGCCUCGCAUCGAGGUUUGCGGGAAUUCUUGUGUUAUGGCGAAGGAGAGCUAGAGUUUUUGAAUUCUUCUUAAGUCAACAGUUUCAUCUUGGUCUUCAUCCUCCUCCACUCACUUCUAUGCACCUCCAGCUACACCUUCUAAUCAGAGAGCUUCGACAGAUGCGAAUGGUCGGAAGUGCUCAAAGCUUUAGCCAUUUUAGGCCUCCAGUCCGUCGUAAUCAAGUAUCGAGAACAGCUUGCCAGUGUUGACAUGGCAAUGUUGUACAAGAUUACACGCUACGCGGAGAAAUUCGAGGUCUUUCCAGCAACGCUGAAGGCCAUAUCAGGAGCACCUAAGGAUGCUCUGGGCUUUUUACCGGCGAGUCGGAGAUCGAGGACGGGAUCUGGUAUAAUUCUUCCUUUGUAUAGUAAGGUCACCGACCACCGGGCUCUUAGUAUACUGAGAAUGGGUGGAUGAUGUUAGAGACCUUCAUAGAAACAAAGAAGCCACGAUUUAUCUUCGAUUUAGCGAGUAGUUGUAGUUUUCAUGGAUCAACAUGAUAGGCGAUGCAGCAUCAUGGGGAGGUUCCCGACGUUUUUCCGAGGAGACAACAUCGAUGCGAGCUCGCGCCACACCAAAAAGAAGACCGAGAGCAAGUGCGCGUCCGCUUAACUCGUACAGUGUGUCGAAUUCUACUAGCAAGACGACGAGAAGACUAAACUUAUCGCGUGCGAGCGGCUAUGUACCAUCAGGAGCUCCAGAUAUUUACUUCUCGCGACCUCCGCCUGUAGUGGCGAGAAAGUAUUUUUUAGAGAAUUCUUCGCUUUGAUAAGAAUACGACUUGGUUGGGGUUCAGCUCCUGAGUAGAGGUCGACACGGACUCCACUUUGUCUUUCACCGAAACUGAGAAGUAUGAAGUACAACUUUUGUUCUUCCAAAAAAGACAACCUCACCCCACCAGGGCCGCCUUCGGAACAUCUGCAGCGACGUACCGCUUUGCACGUAUGGGUCCGCCUUUUGCAGAUGCGAUGGACGUCCUAGCGAUGAAUCGAAAAAGUACAGGCAGUACAGCACUACGUCGCUUCGCUACUCCGAGAUCAAAUGGAGGGACAUUAUGGCCCGUUGUCUAUUUUUCGAAAUCAAAUACAAAUUCAAGGCAAGAAUGCUAUGAAGUUCGAACAGUUAUUGUUUUUCGAGGUGUCGGGGUCGCUAAGUAGCAAUGUUGUAAAAGCUCCUCUUCCUUCUAAAAGCACGACCAAAUUCUUCUCGAGGAUUUGCCGGAGGUGCUUCUUCGUCAUCCUCGCGACCCCAGAGUGCGCGCAAUGCGCGAGAAGAGUCUGCUCGUAGACGUUCUCUAUCAGCCAGAAGUAGACGGGAACAAGCUCUUUUUACCAGUAGAUCAGCACGAAGUGAGCGAAGUGAGAACCAUGAUAGUUAUGUCUAUGAAGACGACCUCGUAGAUGAUGUGGAUCAAGCAGCUUUUAGUGAAAUGAGCAGACCCAUGUCACGCAGAUCAAGGGGAGAUCGGAGUCGAAGUAGGUCAGGAAGUGCGAGAGGGUUGGCGGAUUCGGGCAAUGUGACCAUCUCGCCAGCGAAAGGACGCACCAGAACAGCGCCACGAAAUGCGCCAGCGAGUGAGUGCAGAGCCAAGCGAGUUGGUCUAGAACUUCUGAGAAGUAGUGGAGAGGACUUCAUUAAUGGUCCUGAAGGAGCAGCAUAUCAAGUACAACAACGUGAUGUAGUGGAUGGUGGAAUUAAGGCUUGUUUCAUUCGCUACCUCCCACAAACUAACAAGGUGAUUUGCGACGUAGAUUUUUGGACGUAACCAUCAAUAUUAGCGGAUUACAAUCAAAGUCAUUCUCAUUUACAGCCACUGAUUGUUGAGCUCUAAAAAUCUUCAAGCGCAUCAGCCGUCAUCGAACAAUCCUUUCGCUUUCGAUCCCAUGCCUCGACCUUUUACAGCGCCAAGCGGUGACCGACCCCACGAGCCUCUGCGACUCCGCGACUUUGCUCCGCAAGCUGUUGCGAAUGAAGUCGGGACAAAUCUGGCAGCUUUUAACAACUACCAAAACCAAGUGCAGAUGGCGAGCAGAGGCGGCGGUGUUGCUGGUGGCGCAGUAGGGUCUAGUUGUACUAUGUUGAGUCCUCGGACAGGUGUGCCAGUUCCUAGCAUGCUGAGUCCUAGACGACGUGAUGGUGACCUCGACAUGAACAAUAUGCUAGGAGGUGCAGGACCAACUAGAAGAGACAUCCUUAUGCAAGGAUCAUUGGAUGGAGCUGGCGGAGGGGGUGGUGGUACAAGAAUAAAUCUUGUUCCUCAAGAACAAGAACCUCCAGCAAGGACAAUGCUAGGAGCAACUUCAGAACAAGCACCAGUUCCAGCACAGCAACAAGCAGCUUGUUCUCCGUUGCGUACGGUAGAUGAUAUUCUUAAUGGACCUCCACCAAACGAGGAUCCAAGAGUGCAGCGCGCAACUGGAGGUUCUACUACCGGUUCAUCUAAGAGGAACCCUCCACUUCCUACUUCUUUUUUUGUCUCCACCAGUAGUCCCAAACCUAUCCGUGGUGGAGGUUCAGCUGCGCGUAAUAGGGCAUCAUCUGGAGCAGGCCAGGUCCCGGUAGAUGUCGCAGGUCAUCUCUCGUCUGCUGAUGUAGCAGGUGACUCCUUGGUAGAGCAAGUGACCCUCGCAGCAAGUGGGGGAGAGAUCCGGACAGCUUUGCGUGGUGGUGGCGCAAGCUCGUCGUCUGCUUCCGAUAAUGCAACCACUGGUGCUGUGCCACACUAUGACAUCUCAACUUUUCUCAGUACUAGGACAUCACCAACAAGCGGAGGUGGAGGAGGUGUUUCAGGAGGUCACAUGUCUGGGACAGCAGCUGCAACAAUUCCUGGCGAUCAACAGGGUGGAGAAGUGCAGGAUUUGAUCAGAACACUGCGCAACAAACCACCACUUUACACCAGCCCUCUGGGAACAAGUCAAAGUCAAAGAGGACAACAAGAAAACGAUAUGCUAGUUCGUGAUGUGGACGUCUUUCAAGUAGGGUCAACUUCUCAGGUUGGUUCGAAGCUGUCUUCCAUUAUGUCACAAUCAAAUGGGUCUGGAACCGUAGGACUAGGACAAACGACUUCUUCAAAAGAAGAUAUUCUACAACGCAGUACAGGAUCAAGACCGGGCUCCGCGAAGCGGCUUCGAGACCAAAUUGUUGCAAGACAGUACAACUAAGCCACUUAUACAAUUAGACGCACCAUAGGCAUUUGCAUUCCUUUCUAAACAUUUUGAAAUUGAAUUUUUUGUCUGUACUGGCUACUAGAUGAACAAAUAGAUGUCGCGCUACAGUGAUGUUUGACCACCACAAGAACUACUAUGUAUGAUCAUACUCUCCCCCCUCCGACUACCUUUACAACCUCACCACAACAGGGAAAGCGCCGGAGAACUUCCUCUGAGCCAAUUGCCUUCGCGCAGCGAAAGACGGACACGGCAUAUCAACGCGAACAGUCUGGACGCAGCGAAUGGACGGGUUCGGAAUGCGAGAGCGUUCACAUAUCGCUUUUAAUCAAGGGUGAGGGGGAGAGAAGAAUGGCUUGUAGUAGUAAGGUUCUAGAAGUUUUAGUUACAGUACUUGAUGAAGGUGGACCUAAACACAAUUUCAACUUCUACAUUACAACAAGAUUGACGAUUGAUGACUCUGCUUCUAUGGAGAUCACGACAAGUGGUGCUAACAGAAAAAGAUAUGGGAAGGUUGAUUGGAUACAACCAAUGCCUAGAGCACUGCGCCAAAAAUUCGUGGUGGUCGCGUUGAUUCAAUGCUCGUUUUUGAUGAGUUGACCUGCUGCUGCUACCAUAUUACAGUGAUGCUAAGGCU